CUCCUCAAUCGUCGAUCGUCUCAGACCUUCUGGAUGUGAAUUUGGGUCGAGAAGUUGAGUUUUUGUUUUCAUUUCAAAGCAAGAAAAAUAGCUGAUCAUCUUAUGGCUUUUUGGGAUCAGUACGUACUACCACUAGAACCAUUGAGCAACUUUUUCGCAGCGGUACCCAAACCCACAAACAGAAACCGAUAAGUAGGAGACAGCGCAUCUCUUCACUCGCUCAACAAAGCGCAUAUUAUCGGACGACCUUCCCUCUCUAUUGUUUACCUAGUCGUGUUAGUCCGGCCGUAUUUCUGAAAGGUUUUUUUUUCCGUUUUAGAUACAAAAGACGCUGAUUGAGCUCGCUACUAGUUGCACUACAACCAAAAAAUGAACCGACAACACAUGUCCAAGGCGGGCUUCGCCCAGUCCAAAGCAAGUAUUGAGUUGUUGUUUCCUGCGUUGUUCUCCAACAUCCCCUGCUUGCCAUCGCGCAUUACAGCGGACUUUUCUUGCAUACCGCAUCUGUUUAUUUUACAACCUUCUCAGUGAUUAUGGGGUAAGUAAUGUUGCUAGACAACUUCGAUCUACUUUGCAGUACAACUACACUGAACUCUUUUUUUACCAGGUUCUUUCGCCAGUUUCGUUUCCGGCCAGCGACCCCUGAACACCGCCGCGGGCAUGCAACCCCAGGCCCCCCAAGGACCCUACGCGACCCAGGCGUUUCCCGGCGGCCCAACCAUGUACAGUGGCCAGCCUAUCCUAUUUAAAAACGUCCCCACCCCAUAGUUGUAAUGCAAAUCUACAUGCUGAAUAUGUUUCUCAUGCGGAGCCCCAUGAGAAGCAGUUUCUAGUCGUGUUUUGAAAUUUGUCAUGCUCCAUUCGGCAUGGUGCGCUAGGUCUGUGAUGCUGCUGAGCUAGCUCAAACAGCACUACACUACGAGUCCAAAUUUGUGAUGCAAAACAGCCAAAACUUGUGGAUUUGUCUAGCCGAUUCCCCAUCUUGACUAUGGUGCGUGUGGGGACAUUUUUACUCAGGAUACAGCCACCCAGGGGUACCUACCACCCACCGCCGCAGCAUAUGACAGCCUCAGAAUGGAAAUCCUCAAAGUGGAAAUAAUUUGUGAUGCAAAAAGACGGCUCCAGUCGAAGCACCAUUUCUAGUCGGCGCAUGACAAAUUUCCCGGGCACUCAAAACGUGUCUGUCAUGCUAGUUAGGCAAACGGGUGCCCGUCUCUCGUGCUAAUCAGCAGCCCAAUUCUGAACCCGUAGAAGCACAAUAGUCGGCCUCCAUUGCGUUCUCUGCAAUGCAGUCUUUUUGGUGUUGCAUUUCAUGCAUCACAAAUCAUUUCCAUUUUGAGGAUUUUUUCCAUUCUGAGGCUUCCAUACAGCAGCGGGCGCCGGUGCAGAAGCGACCCUGCGCCAACCCCCAGUGCACACCGGACAACUGGGAGGUAUAGUUUAGCAUUUUAGGCUGCGUUUUUUUCAUUUUCUUUCCCAAGGCUAUUCACCAGUGGUGAUGGAUAUGAUUAUAUAUGCGUGCCAGAGUGUCGCUUUUGUCAUGCGUGAAUUGCAUCCUGUUCCUGAUCCACCUGAAAACGAUGAACGGUAACUACAAGUUGUUAUAUGCACUCCAAGUACAAAAUCAAAAACCGCAAUUAUGAAUACAGGUUCCGAACUACGCGUGCGACCUGGACCGGGGAGUGAACUACUGCUACGUGUGCUGGGACGCCAUUAUGGAUUGCAAAAAUGACUGUGUCUGGAAGAUUGCAACUUGUCAUGCUAAAUCCGAAUCAUGCAAAAAUCUGUGUUGCAUGAGUGCCAGCAAAAGCUGUCCACUUUCGACCAAAUUGGGAGGGAGUUUCUCACGCAGGAUAGGCAUGAACGAGACCUCACAGACUCUGUCAUGCUAGGCCCCGCAUUCCAGACCUCAAGGAUCAUGGAAAACCUGCAUGACAAGCUCACACUCUUCCAGACGACCCAGACACUUUUGCAUUUCAUAGCCAUUAAGGACAAGCGAUUUGGCCUGGCUUUGUCCCUGGAAGAAUUGUCCCAAUAUGGAUUGCAAAAAUGUCUGGGUCUGGAAGAUUGCAUGUUUGAGUUUGUCAUGCUUGUCUGGCAUGACUCUUAAAUCUGUCAUGCACGUUACCCAAGGGCUCCAUUUUUCUGUGAUGCAGAAACGCAGUUCGUCAUGCAGAAUAGGCAACACGACCUGGAAGCUCAGAAACUUGCCAUGCUGCGCCAGCACUUGUAAUGCCUCAUCAUGAGACGCCACCCAGCAUCACAAGUUUCCAGACUCAGACAUUUUUGCAUUUGAUACCCAAAUCGGCGUUACCAGUGUCGGCUUGGUACCGCUGCCGAUGAAAAAGA